AUGAAUAAUUAUUUAAUCAAAGAAAUAGGAAGGAAGGCUGAGAUAUAUGCGUAUAUAAGAGGGAGAUGGAAUUGGUGCGCUUUUAUUAGAGGAAUCGAGUUACAGGGAAAGCUGGCGCUACCGUUCAGUCGAUUUUGUGUGGUUUUCUGUUAGAUUCCUGCCGCCGUCGCCGGAAACUGAGGCCGGAGAUUGAAGCCAGCACCGCCGCCGAAUGGCUUCGGGGUUCCCGGGUCGUGAUCUACGGGGAGGGUUUGGUUUUGGGGCUGGAUCGGCUGUGCAGAUGCAGUACCAGCAGCGAUCUGACGGUGGAGCGGCUAUCGGAGCCGCAGGGCUCUUGAAGAGGUCGCUGACGGAGAUGGAGAGGCAGCAGCAGAUGCAGCACGCGAUCUAUCUCCGGUCUGUGAAGCAGAAGACCCAUUUCGCCUUGCCUUCGCCGGUCUCUCAUAUUUCUGCCGCGGAUCUCUCUGCUGCUUCGACAACCACGACAUCUUCGAUUCUUUCGUCUCUUUCCUCUGCGUCUGCUUCGAUCCCGUUUGUGGGGCAGGGAAUUCCUAAUUCCACCACUUGGUCGUUUCAGGCGACGUUUGCAGAUGCUGAGAUAGAUUCUGAGAAGAAAUCGAGUAUGACGACCAGGCUUUUGGAGUUGGAACGGCAGCUGCUCGAUGACGAGGAGGAGGAGUUGAGCAUAUCUGGUUCUGCGGUCACGAGUAACGAGUGGAGCGAAACGAUGGAGAAGCUCAUGUCUCCACCGCCUCCUCCUCCGCCGAUUGCGGCUGUAGUGAAUCUGCACCCACCUUCCCCUUCUCCGACCACCUCUUCUACCUCCUCUUCUGGAUCAUCUUCCUCCUGUACGCCCUCAUCGGCCACGCCGUCGAGGCAGAUGCUUCUGGACACAGCCACAGCCAUCACAGAAGGGAAUCAGGAAACCGCAACGGCGAAUCUUGCCGUUUUGAAACGGACGGCGAAUCCCCGCGGCGACCCGGAGCAGCGACUCACGGCGAUGAUGGUCGCUGCCCUCGUGUCCCGCAUCAACCCACCGGCACCUGGAAGUUCUCACCCGGUAGCUGAUGUCUGCAGCGCAGAACACCAGGCAGCCUCUCACUUGCUCUACGAAGCCUCUCCCUGCUUCAAACUAGGCCUCAUGGCGGCGAAUCUCGCCAUUCUAGAAGCUACCAAAGACAAUCCCAAGAUCCACAUCCUCGAUUUCGACAUAGGACAGGGGAGCCAGCUCGCUUCCCUCAUUCACGCGUUCUCCGAACGCCAUCGUCAGCGAUCACCCGCACUACCGCCGCCAUGUAUAAAGAUCACCUCCGUCUGUCCUCUUCAGGGCAACGACACCAACAAUCUAAGAAUCGUCGGUGACCGUCUCGCAAAACUAGCUGAAAGCCGAGGUGUUGGACUCCGCUUCAACAUCGUGAACAGCAGAACUCAAGAACUCAACCAGACGACUCUGCUCUGCGAGCCAGGCGAAGCCCUCGCAGUAAACUUCGCCUUCUUCCUCUCCCGAGUCGCCGACGAAAGCGUCUCGACGGCGAACCCCCGCGACGAGCUUCUCCGCCGGGUAAAAUCCCUCUCCCCGCGUGUCGUAACCCUUGUAGAGCAGGAGAUGAACGGCAACACAGCUCCCUUCGCCACGCGUUUCACUGAAGCCUGCGCGCACUUCGGCGCCCUGCUCGAGUCCCUCGACGCCACUGCGACCCGGGAAAGCACCGAACGGGCCCGCGUCGAAGCCUGCCUCGCCCGGAAAGCGGCCAACUCCAUCGCCCGGGAGGGCGCCGACCGUGUUGAACGCUGCGAGCUAUACGGCAAAUGGAGAGCUCGUAUGGGAAUGGCAGGCCUGAACCCGGUUCCCCUCGGUUCGAUUGUAUCCGAACCGGUCAAGCUUCGGCUCUCCUCUCUCCGAAACAAUCCCGGCUUUACAAUCAAAGAGGAGGCCGCAUGGGUCGGCUGCGGUUGGAUGGGCCGCGUUCUCACCGUCGCCUCCGCGUGGCGUUAGGCGGAUGUCCCUAAUCAGCAAGUAAUCAUCUUAUCAUCAUCACAAGAACAGGUGCUCCAAAUUUUUAUCUUUCUUUUUUAUCAAUAGAGAGGUAAUUAAUUAAUUAAUUAUCUGAACGUUAGUUUCUUUUAUAAUUAUUUGACAUUCAUGGCCGAGAAGAUAUUCUGCCAAUUAAAUGUUUCUGUAUUGUGCUAUAAUGAUGUUUAUGUUGAAUUAGUGCUGAAAUAAUUUGUGAAGCUGUGAAUAAUCUCUUAUGGGAAAGUGAUUAUGGUUUUGCU